AUGGCUGCUGAUAGAAUUAGCGAAUUACCAGAUCAUAUAGUCUCUCACAUUCUCUCUUUCCUCCCAACCAAACUCGCUGCAACCACAAGCAUCCUCUCAAAGCGAUGGAAAUCAGUGUGGCACUCAGUCCUCACACUCGACUUCGACGACCAAACCUUCAAAGACUUCGAUUCACUUACAAAUUUUAUGAUCUCAACCAUGUCCUCUCGAGACAUUAAAUUACCAAUACAUUCUUUCACAUUCAAAUGUGUCAACGAAUCUUCACCCUACGAUCUAAAAGUUCUCAACCUAUGUGCUAUCUUAGCCGUUCAAUAUGGAAAGCUUGAGAAUCUUAGCCUCCACAUGCCACUCCAUUCCAUUGUAAAGGGUUUAAGAAACCCCAAUGUAAUCCAUUUAUCUCCUUAUAUUUUUAGUUGUAAGACACUUCAAGUUCUUCAUUUGAAUUGCUUAAUAUUGGAAGAUAUUAGUUUUCAACCGUUGGAUCUUCCCCUUCUCAAAACUCUACGUUGGGAAUUUGUUCUUUUCAAAAAUAUUAAUCAUGUUAUUGAGCUUCUAUCAAGUUGUCCUAUUCUAGAGGAAUUUGUUCUUUGUGUUUGUGUCAUGUCUGGUGGCCGUGUUCGUACUUCAUAG